AUGCCAUUUUCCCGAACAUUGUCAGUUGUCGGAUGCCAUGCCGAGGGUGAAGUCGGAGAUGUUAUCACCGGCGGCGUACUCGAUGUUCCUGGCAAAACGAUGUAUGAGAAAUUAAUUUACUUUCUGAACAAUAAAGACAGCAUCCGCCAGUUGUUACUCAACGAGCCUCGAGGCCGAUCUUCGAUGAAUACAAACUUACUCUUGCCGCCCUGUGACCCGCGGGCUGAUGCCGGAUUUCUGAUCAUGGAAAGCGAAGAAUAUGCCCCAAUGUCGGGCUCUAAUACCAUCUGCACUGCCACGGUGCUUUUGGAGACUGGUAUGGUUCCGAUGAAAGAGCCAAUCACCGAACUGACCUUGGAUACCGCCGCCGGUCUGGUGGGCAUCACUGCGCAAUGUGAGGCCGGGAAAUGCAAAAGCGUGGCAUUUGACAACGUGCCUGCAUUUGUUUUCAAGCUUGACUACAAAGUCCAAGUUCCUGGGAUAGGGAAGGUCUCCGUUGAUAUUGCCUGGGGAGGUAUGAUUUACGUGCUGGUGGAUGCAGCAUCGGUGGGAUUGAAAAUCGAGGCUCAAUAUAGUAUGCAGCUCGUCGAGUUCGGCGAGCGUAUCAAGCGUGCUGUGCAGGCAUCCUAUACUCCCGUUCAUCCCGAGAAUCCUGGGAUUAAGGGCGUUAGUAUUUUGGAGUUCACAGAGCCUCUGACAAAUGAUAAGGAUUGCAAAGUUGCCGUCAAUACUGUUGUUGUCUCUCCAGGGAGAUUUGAUCGCAGUCCCUGCGGAACUGGAACUUGUGCUCGAAUGGCUGUUUUGCACGCAAGGGGUCAGCUUAAGGCGGGAGAGAUCUUUAAGCAUCGCAGCAUCAUUGGUACGGAGUUCGCCAGCCACAUUCGGGGCAUAACAAAAGUGGGAGAUUACCAGGCUGUUCUACCAACAGUCUCUGGUAGAGCCUGGAUCACGAGCUUCAAGCAAGUUGUUCUUGAUUCGAGUGAUCCUUUCCCUGAGGGAUUCAGAGUUGGCGAUCAGUGGCGAAUUGUACCAAACUAG